AUGUCAUUGAAUUCCAACGGAUAAUUUAUCAUAAUUAGAAUUCAUUUUCAGUUGGAUGCAAUAGGUGUUUCAUCUUUAUUUUCAGAUGCUGACAACAUAUUCACUUCAAGCAACACUCCUGCCUUCUCCUUCCAACAUCCUGGUCUCUUCCACCUUUUUAACAAGUUUCAAUGACAUUACUGUCAUCGUUUUAACAAUAGUAGCUCUUGUCUUGUUUAAAUCCAAAUUGCGAUGGCGAAAGUUGAAGGUGGAUCUUUUCUCACGCAUGGGAAUAGGUGUUGCCUGUGCCGUGAUAUCAGCUUUUUUCGCUAUUAACAUGGAGACAGCUCGGAAGGCAGACUUCAAGGACCACAACGGGAACGCAUCCCUGUCAGUUUUCAUUCUUCUUCCUCAGUAUGCUCUUGUUGGCGCGGGGGAGAUCAUGACGCUUGUUUCAGGGAUGGAGAUGGCGUUCUUGGGGGCUCCUAGAGGCCUAAGGUGUACGGCACUCGGCCUCUUCUGGACCGCGACUGGACUGGGGUACUUUGCAGCAUUUGGGGUUCUCGCGUUUGUGAAUAAGUACGAAAAAGGUAUGAAAUAAUACCUGACAAUGUCUCAGUAUUUAUUCUGAGUAGAUAUACAUCCUUUGCUUCUAAUGCCCCUCUGACGGAGGACGCUGACACGAAUACACACUAAUAAACGUGGGUAGUGAUUCCCAAACUAAACAAUUACUAUGGCGUCUCUUUAGGCUUUUUUCUUUAAUCAUAUAAAGAUUAAGACAGCAAGAAUAUGAACUGUUCAUUUAAAGAUUUUUUACUUGUAUUGAAUGAAACUGUUGGUAUUUUUCAGACUGGAUCAGCUUCGAAGACGUGCAACAAUUAAAACACCUAGGGCGAGCGGAUUACUACCUGCUACUGUUAAUGGCACUUCUCACGAUAUGUUUUAUAUUCUUUCUAUUGACUGCACGAUACGUCAAUAAGACAAUGCGCAAGCGCUCCAUUGACGCCAAUGCUAGGAAGAAAUUGGAGCGUGUAUCCAUUCAAGAGGCUUCCUCUUCUCAAAACCCUUCAGGCAACAGCUCCGGAACAAACCUUUGUCAGAAACAAGAGGACGAUAAGACCGAUGGGAAUGUUGAGUCAAGUUAUAACUCCGCUAAACCUGAAAUAGACGGAGAAACCACGCCAAAGACCUCCAGUUCUGAGAUGCCUGUAUCAGACCCCUCCUGCUAGGAAAUAUUUUGAAUGCGGAAGAGCUGAGAACAAUUUGUCCCUGUUUAACACUUAGAGCACUUUCAGAAUCGGGGACUGACUAGUCCGAGGCCCAAAUGUGGCGACCUACUAAAAAUAUUGCCAUCUAAUCCGCUAAUAGACACUGAAAAGAUUCCCCGUGGGUAAGUAUUCAAGUGGGUCCGCCAUAUUUGACCCUCGGACUAGUUAGUCCACUGUUCUGAAUGCGUCUUUAUGCACCUUAGGGCAAUAAUGCAUGUUAUUGCUACUUGCGCUUUAUAGUGUUAAAACAACCGUACUAGUAUGUGCUCCAUCCGUUUAGAAUUGUACAUCAACAGACUGGCUCGCCGAUACAUAGAAGAUUCGACAAUUUGUAAUAAAUCUAAGACUUCGUCAUCAGUUCCUCAUCUAAGAUAACCUUAAGUCUCGCGAUUUAGCGUGAAAUCAAACGAGAUUCCGUGGAGUUUUUAGCGGGGAGUAAAAAAUGUAGUAAAUUACAGUUGUGCAAUAAAUAAAAGC